CUGGCAUUCACACAAUUCACAAAUUACCAUGCUCCAUGCUUUCUUUCUUUUUCUUAAAUUUUAUUCACCAAUAAGGUAAUUUCCCCUCGUAUAAAUAAUAUUCAAUGAAAAUUUUUCUCUGACUCAGAUCAUCAUCCUCACUUCCAGAUCAACGCAAAAUUAAUUUUUUUUACAACUUGAAAUAUUGCGAUCCUGCAUUUCUUCCAACUCUCGGAUUUCAGAAAACCCUACAGGGCCAAUCAGAAACCCUAGAUUCAUCCCCAUUUUUGGAGGAAAGGGAGAGUUUUUCUCGGGACCCAGUUUCUGUUUUCAGUGUAAUAUAACCGUAUUUCAGUUGAUUUUUCAGGAAGCGCAAGUUUCAUUUGGCUUUGCUCUUACUGUAAUUUCGGGAUCUUGAAUACCCAGAAAGAGAAAUCAAUUUGUUUUGCUGUUAAUAUUGAUAUUAUUAUUUAUUUGAUUUUUUCCAUUGUUGAGUUGGGAGUGAGAGUGGGAUUGGUGAGAGUGCAUUGGGAAUUGGUGAGGUGUGUCGAUGAAUGCUUGAUCUGGGUGGAGAGAAAGAGAAGGGUGAGGAAUGAGAGGGGCAUAAAUGUCUGCUCCAUUGGGUAUUGGAAUUCGUUCUGGAAGUUAUGGGUCUUUGGAUAAACAGGUACAGAACGGCACUGCACGCAAGGCUUCAAAGAUGCUCAAGGAGAAGGAGAAAGAGAGGUCGUUCCUUUGGAUCUGCAAGUUUGUUGGCCGCAAGAAGGUCGGAAUGCUCUUCCUCUGUCUCAUCUCUGCUGCAGUUUUCAUCUGGGUUUUGUAUGUUGGAAAAGGUGAAGAUUCUCAGGAAGGAAACACUGCAUCAACCAUUAAUGUUAACGAAAGCGUGUCUACAAGUGAUUCUACAUCUGAGAUCUCUACGACAAAUGCAAUGGGCUUAACUACAAAUCUUGCAUUACCCCCUCCGCCACCUGGCUAUUUUUUGGGCUACCAUCUUGCUCCAGGGCAUCCGUGUAAUAGCUUCACACUCCCUCCCCCACCUGCUGAUAAAAAGCGUACAGGGCCACGUCCAUGCCCGGUGUGUUACCUUCCUGUCGAAGAAGCCAUUGGACUGAUGCCAAUGUUGCCCUCACCUUCACCGAUCCUUAGGAAUUUAACAUAUGUCUAUGAAGAAAAUUUAAGUAGAGAUGGAGAAUUCGGUGGUUCGGACUUUGGUGGAUAUCCUACAUUGAAGCAGAGAAAUGAUUCUUUUGAUAUAAAAGAGUCAAUGAAUGUGCACUGUGGAUUUGUAAAAGGAAUUAAACCUGGCCGCAACACUGGAUUUGACAUUGAUGAUGCUGAUCUUUUUGAAAUGGAGCAGUGCAAUGGAGUGGUUGUUGCAUCAGCCAUAUUUGGAAACUUUGAUGAGAUAAAUGAGCCACAAAAUGUUAGUGACUAUUCGAGGAAGACUGUAUGCUUCCUCAUGUUUGUAGAUGAAGAAACAGAAAAAUAUCUGAGUAGUUCUGGCAAGCUGGGAAUCAGCAAGAAGAUUGGUUUAUGGAGAAUUAUUGUUGCUCAUAAUCUUCCUUACUCAGAUGCAAGACGGACAGGAAAGAUUCCAAAGCUUUUGUUGCAUAGAUUGGUUCCAAAUGCUCGUUAUUCUAUAUGGCUUGAUGGGAAGCUUGAGCUUGUUGUGGAUCCAUAUCAAAUUCUUGAAAGAUUUUUGUGGAGGAAGAAUGUAACUUUUGCAAUAUCAAAGCAUUAUAGACGCUUUGAUGUAUUUGUUGAGGCUGAGGCAAAUAAAAUUGCUGGAAAGUAUGAUAACUCCUCUAUCGACUUUCAGAUCGAGUUUUACAAGAGAGAGGGAUUGACCCCAUAUACAGAGGCCAAACUUCCUCUUAUAAGUGAUGUUCCUGAAGGAUGUGUGAUAGUACGAGAGCAUGUUCCUAUUAGCAACCUCUUCACUUGUCUUUGGUUCAAUGAAGUUGACCGAUUCACUUCAAGGGACCAGAUUAGUUUCUCAACUGUCAGGGACAAAAUUUUGUCGAGGGUAGAUUUUCAUUUUAACAUGUUCUUGGAUUGUGAAAGACGGAACUUUGUGGUUCAGAAAUACCACAGGGAUCUAUUGCUGCGCUUGGCACCACCAGAUUCACCGCCUCCACCUUAUCCUCCUCCUCCUCCUCCAUUGCCCGUGCUUGAAACAUCACUGGAAAAGGUUGGAAGCUCACCCACUAGAAAAGGCCCCGGAAAGCGCGGAAGAGAUAGAAAAGCUGGAUCACGGCGCCACCGCAAAGUUGUCGCCGGAAGUAGAGAUAUGGAACCAAAUUAAAAGUUUUGUUUGGGUGAUUACAUUUUUAUUGAUUUUUUACUUUUGAAUUCCACCAACAAAAUAUCAUUCGUUGCAGAGCUGGAGGGAAAAUGUGCAUGACAAGUGUUGUAUUGUUUUCACAUAGACGCCGUCAUUCUUUUUACUAUCUGCAAUUGUCCAUUUUUGUUCAUUUUUUACUGUAUAUAGUAAAACUAGUGUAAUAACCCUCCUGCUGCACGGAUGAUAAGAUUACAAUCUACAAUUUUUUAAUAUAUUUUAAUAUUUUUGUUUCAUAUAAA